AUGCCCUCUUCCGCCUCCUCUCCUCAGAGCGCCGGUCACAAGCGAGCGUUUCCCGCUGACGAACCCCUCCACCAACUACCACAGGAUGGUGCGGCGGCCGCUUCAACGAAUUCCCCUCCUCCCCUCUCCGCGGCGUCGGCCACUUCGGCCUUCAGGAAUGUCUCGGCCUGCAAUCGCUGUCGGAUCAGGAAGAACCGUUGCGACCAACGUCUCCCUGCGUGUUCCACGUGCGAAAAGGCCAAUGUUCGCUGCGUAGGCUACGAUCCCAUUACCAAGAGGGAGAUUCCCCGAAGUUAUGUCUACUAUCUCGAGACGCGGCUGGCAUAUUUCGAGCAGCAGCUCAAGACGCAUGGGAUCCCUUACAAUGCUGGCGAGGUCUACAAUGCCGAGUCCAAGGAGCUGGGUGAUCCCGUCCAGUCACCUGCGAGCGCAAAGAGUUCUUGGAUAGGGCCACAAUCCCCUAGUAAUGGCUCGCCACGACCCAUCAAAAACGAAGACUGGGACAAGAAGCAAGAGGAUGCCGAUAAGCUCAACAAGCUGGUGUCCAACAUCGGCAUGGUUUCUGUGCAAGGGGCUUCCGAUGCACGAUAUCUUGGGUCUACAUCUGGGAUAUCGUUUGCUCGCGUCGUACUGGCUGCUGUAAAGAGCUCGGUGUCUUGCAACAAUUCUGAGCGAGCUGGUGUCCGACCGAGUCGUCCGUUGCCCAAUAUGGCCGCGUCGGGAGGUAGCUCCAUGCGAGACUCUUACUUCGGCCUCCAAACCAAGCCCACCAUUAAGGAAGCUCCAUUUCCAGAUCGUCCUUUAGGCGAGAAGCUGGUCCAUCUGUAUUUUGAGCACGCCAAUCCCCAGAUCCCAAUCCUCCAUCGAGGUGAAUUCAUGGAUUUGUUUGAUCGUACCUAUUCGAUUGAUCCUUCGAAACGCAGCAGUCGCGAACUAUACUUGCUCAAUAUCGUGUUUGCAAUUGGUGCAGGCAUUAUCUGGGGCUCUUCUGACCCCCAGCCGAACUCCCAACAAGGGGACUAUGCUCACAAACGGGUCAGACUGGCCAUGCAACAAGCUCAACCCGAGGAAUACCACGCUUCGGCCAUCGUCAAUCUUGGGUCAUUUUUGGCUGCGAGUUCAUCCCUGGAAGCGGCUGAGCGUCCCAAUGGUGAUUUAGAGGAGCUCCAGGCUGUGUUGUUGCUCUGCAGUUUUGCCUUGCUUCGACCUGUGGCGCCAGGUCUCUGGUAUAUUGUAGGCGUUGCAAUGAGGCUGGCCGUCGAUCUCGGCCUGCACUACGAAGAUGGUACCGGUAUCGCAGACAACAUCGACGACCACCAGGGUCCGCGGCCCUCGAUGGAUUCAAAACCACUGGGACCAGUCGACGCGAAGGAAAAGGGACGACGAGAAUGGAUUCGUGAUCUUCGCAGGCGACUUUGGUGGUGCACUUAUACCUUCGACCGCCUGGUCAGUACUUGUGUGGGAAGACCGUUUGGGAUUACAGAUCAAGUCGUAACCACCGAGUUCCCCUCCCUGCUCGACGACAAGUACAUCACAAGAGCUGGAUUUUUGCAGCCAGCCCUGCCAGAUGAACCCACGUACAAAUGGGUCUCGCAUCACUAUUUCCGCUUGAGGCUUCUACAAUCCGAGAUUCUGCAAGUGCUCCAACAUCAGCAAGCCCAACAAGCUCGUCUGACCGGCACCAAUCGCCGCAAUCAGUUCAUGCACACCAAGCUCCCAUCACCUUUCCUAAUCAAGUUCGACUCAUUCCGUUCGUGGCGACGAGAUAUUGAUCAGCGACUAUAUGAAUGGAAAGAAUCGGCGCCGGAACCAUCGGACACUGGAGUCAGUUUCUCAGUACAGUUCUUGGAGCUCAAUUACUGGCAAGCCGUCAUUAUGCUCUACCGGCAGAGUCUCAGUGUCCCGGCACCCUUGGCGAACGAGUUUAGCCCGACCGAGGAUGUGUCCAGCCCGUCAAGUCUAAGGCUAGAAGAGAAGGAGGACGAAGAUCUGGUGUUUUUGAAAUGUGCUGAAGCUGGCCAGAAGACGUUGAAACUUUACAGACAGCUUCACCGACAGCGCCUGGUCAAUUACACGUAUCUUGCCACUCAUCACCUAUUCAUGGCCGGCAUCUCCUUCUUGUACGCUGUUUGGCAUUCUCCGGCUGUCAGAGCGCGGUUGACUCUCGAUGAUUUCGACUUUACAGUCCUCGCUGCGACGUCUGUCCUCAGCGAUCUCAUGGAGAAAUGCCCACCAGCAGAAGCCUGUCGCGACGCUUUUGAGCGAAUGAGCAAGGCCACUGUCCAAAUGUGCAUGUCUACACCUGGAUUUGGCUUCUCGCUGGAGCCCCACGGAGACUACCAACCACGACAACCACUCGCCCGUCAAUCCAGCCUGCAGAGCCAGGCCGCACAAUCUCAGACCCAACCAAUGCCAAUGCAAAUCGACUCUUACCCUUCAUCAGCCUCCUCGACUGUCCCGCGCAUCGCUCCGAAACCAAUGCCUAGACGACCGCCGCCCAAAUUCGACAUGGAUCUCCGCGAGCUCUUCCCUGACGACCUCGAACCGAGUACCAGACCAUCUUUCUCCUUUCCUCAACCCCUCCAAAACCUCCAACAACAGCAAAGAUCGCCGCAGACGUCCAUGGCAGUGGGAUUGCCGCCGCUACAGCAGCAAUCACAACAUUCUCCUCGGCAGCAGCAAAUGUCCCCGGCGUCCAGCAUCAAUUCACAGAUCAACAACGGUUUCGGCAUGGGUACUUCCAACAACCCGUUACUGUUCAACAGCCAAUCUGCCACCCCACAGCCGACGCAAACGCGGCACCAGCAACAGCAGGACCAGCAGCCAUUCUACAUGCAAAAUACGUACAACCCCGAUUUUAUGUCCGGCUUGCCGGGUAUGGACUUUCUGAGCAACGCCAUCACAGGAGGCGGCGACGGAGAUCUCAACCUGGACGUGGGCGGUGGGUUGGAUCUGGGCUUCGGCAUGACCGGAUUGGAUUUCCAACAUGACUGGAGCGAUGGGCAAGGCCAGUAUGAUCUGUUUGACGGCUUUUUCUUCGGGAACAACUAUGGUGGUGGCAACGGGAAUGUUGGUGGUGGUAGUGGUAGUGGCGGAGGCGGCACAGGCGACGCAGGUGGCAGUUAA